AAAAGAUAUUAAAAAAGAAUAUCGAUAAAACCGCUUAAGGUUUUGGCUCCCUAAGGUAUAAGUAAAAAGAAUAAUGUUUUUUGUAGAUGUUAAUCUCUUGAAUACGAUGAAAUUGUUUAAAAAUUUGUUAGGCUUAGAACACACCUUGAAAAUUGUGUCAAGAAUAUGAUGUAUUUAUAGAAAAUCAAAUGAUAUAUGAAACCAUCCAUGUGAAUUUUUUAAAGAGUAGAAAAAGGGAUGAGAUAUAUUUUAUGUGUGUAUGGAAGAUGUAAGCAACUGAGUGUGAGGAAAGAAGAAAUUUUGAUAAAUUAUAUAAAGUUAGAAAAGAUUAUCACAAAAAUGCAUCCGAUAAAAUGGAAGGCAUUUAGAGAGAAGGGUUAAAGAGAAGAAUAGAGAAGCUGUUUCUGUAUGUUUAAUUAUUUAAACUAUUAACAAUACUACUCAACAAAAAAGCGAUUAAACUAAUUUAACUGCUUAUUAAAUAAUAUUAUCAUGCCAUAACAAAAAGACUAAAAUGACUUGAUCUUUUAUUAACUUUUUAACCGAAAGAUAACAAAACGUUACUUUUUAAGUAACGAUAACUAGUUAUUUUUAAGAAUCAGUGGCAGUGCGUUUUGAAAUUUACUGUCAGUACUGAAAAUCUAUAAUUCUUAUUACAUAUACUAUAGAUUUUCAAUACUGAUGAAUUUCAGAACGCAGCUAGUAAUGAGUAACGGUAACUAAUUACUUUUUUUAUUAUUUAUAACGAGUAACGAUAAUUAGUCACUUUUAAAAAGUAACUUUCCUAUUUCUGACCUUUUGUAACUGGUGUAAUACAGGCUCGCGUGUACACGCGACCUCGUAUACGCGAUACCGAUACAUGCAAGGCGGUCUGAGAAGAUAUCGCUAAGUGGCCGCCGAUACGGAACGACAGAUCAGUUUAAGACUACCUGCCCCGGAAGGUGGAACUCUUUCGUAGAGAAAUUGUUUACCGGUGAUCGUGUAUUCAGUUCAAGCCGCCGGCUUGACACGUUGAUAACAGCUUAGAAGUGUACUCUGAAAAAAUGGAUCCUGUUAAAAAAAAGAAGAAAAAGACAGGUGAAAAGAAAGUGCUGCUAUCCAUCGUCGAUCCUUGGGACGCGAAGGUGGCCAGUGUUGAUCCGAUCGAACUGGCCAAACGACGGGGCGUCUCCCUGUCCGUCUUGCCUUCUAAUCAGGACGAGGGUAUCAGUCAGGAGUGGUCGACCUUAAGCAGGUCCCUCAAGGUACCAUCACCCUGGUACAAACCUGGUACCGGCUCCUCCGAUCACGUCAGCUCCGCCAAAUCCGAGGUAUCGACGUUGAUAGAUCCGAUCUGGUUGAAUCCUUCGUACUCGCCGCAAAGAAUCGGCGAGACAAGGCGCGACAAGGUGGGAGAGGUCGACAAUGGAUUAAUCAAGGCUCCGCAGGAAGUUAGCCGCGACGGUUUCGUUGAUGCGGACGGUACAGCGGCGUCGGCGCGAGUGCAUUUCGAGAUCGACGGCGCGAAGCCGAAGCGGAAUGGAGUGCGAUGUGAGAACGGGCGUAAUGUCAACGGUGUACCGCGAGUGCUGACGAAAAAUCAAAACGCGAAUAACGACAAUUCGAGGCCCGAACGGCGACCGGUCGUGAGACAGAAUCGCGCGAGCGAAGUGAAUGCGAAGAGGAGGCAGGAGAAUCCUUCACCGCGAACGGAUCGUGGCGCGGAAGUCAACGGGGACAAGAAAUAUGCGAAUGACGAACGGGACUCCUCUCGAAUAGCCGGAGAGAAGCCAGCGAUUGUCGACAUCGUUCAGUGCUUAGUGGAAUCCAGGUACAGUCCGCAGACCGCGGCGGAGAGAAGAACAAAAAGGAUGCCAUCAUGUCGUCGGCCAGAAACAGCGAAGGAAAUAGAUCUAGUGGACUCUCCAGGCAAACUGAAUGAUGAUGCUGUUAACGCAACCAAGCAAGAAAAUAAUCAGGAAACCACCAACGAGACGAAAACGGUGAAAGCACUUCCAUCGGAAGUAACAGCGCUACGUGCGACGAAUAUAAGAAAGACCAGUAUAUCUAUGCCCAGCAAACUCAACGAGAUGGACGAUCUUCGGAUAGACAGACAAAACGGCACAGCCUCAAAAUUUACAAGAGAGGAGAGCGAGACCAGCAGCAGCGUGACUUUCAGCAACAGCGGCUCGACUCCGAAUGGAAGUCCUCUGGGAUCCGAAACUGAAGAGGAAGCGAAUGACGAAGAAAUGGCCAAAGUACCGCUGCAAGCUCCACCGCGAAGGAAAAGCAGAAUCGUGUCAUCUUCGGUCAAUGAAAAAAUGGGAAAUGACGCUACGGAACUCUCGAGUGCGCAAAGUGCGACUUCUACGAUAACCAGCGUGAACAGCAUCAGCAGUCUUCUGAAGGAGAAAUUGCAAUUGUCAUUACCGCAAGCGUUGCGUAGCAGUGCAAAACGUCAAAAUGCUGAUUAUAGGCUUAAAGCAUUUGUCGGUAUCUUAUUCCUCUGCAUCGUCUUUCUUGUGGGAUUCGCUCAUAUUUAUUACACUCAGCACGUCUUACAGCGAGCUUAUUUUGAGAAAUUUAGAUUCAAUAAAAACGAAAGAGUGAUGAGAGUCUACAGCAGCACUGGGGCAGAGGUCAUUGCCGCUCGGCUCGGUGAGGGUAUCCCACCGAAUACAGGAGUGUAUCCUUGUCUUCCUCAUCAUCAGCGACAGGACUCGGUCUGCCUCGAAUGGCUGCAGCAAACGCGAUUGUACCUCGCGCAUACGAAACGCGAGGGUAUGCACUGCUACCAUGUCACCUGGCAGAGCCUGAGCCCCUAUUACAAUCCCAAGGAUUGCUUUGACUGGUCCUCGAAGCGAGGUCAUUGGUACGGCGCCGGUCAGAUUCAAAACAUGGCAUAUCCACUGGAACACGGUCGUCUAGAACUGAGUCCCUUUAUCACGGGUGACGUGAGGAAACAUCCCUUCGGUAACGUACUGAAGAGAUAUUUUCUCAAUUCGAAAGGCGCUACAAUCCUGGUAGAUCCCGAGACGCCGCUUUACGUCUCCAUCAACGCAAAUCGUACCAACGACUUCUGCCUGCAGGCUAAACACGACGCCUUUGCUUACAUUAAUCACUUGACGCCGCUACCUCAGCUUAAUUACACUAUCUGCGCAACCGACAAUAUGAAGAGUCUGCACUCCUCGAUGGCAGAGAAGUCUCUAUGGGAUGGUUUGAAGCCUGACGAACUGCACGCCGUUCAUUCUCUGCUGUCUGAACCGGUCUGGCAGAUCUCGCCGACCAACGAGGCUGCCAUUUACAAUUACACGGAAGAUGUGAUCGCACUGGGAUUCCUCCGCCAAGGGCAUGUCUUGCUCAGUGAGGAAUGGCAGCCCAGUCCAGGUGAUUUCGUAUUAGACGAGGAACGAUUCCCGUCUAUGGAGGAGACUAUCAAUAUCAUUCAUCGCAGAGGAUUUAGGAUAGUAUUCAGCAUCCAGCCAUUUAUUUCUACGGAAUCCAUUAACUUCAAGGACGCUGUCGCUAAUAGAUUGCUGAUCUCCGAGAGAGGGAGCGAUCCUAGGAUUCCGGCAUUAACAAGAUACAAACAAAGUAACAGCGCUGGCGUGCUCGACAUCACAAACAACAAGACCUUACCCUGGCUGCAGACGAAGCUCGAAAGUUUGAUCAUGAAGUACCACGUGGAUUCAUUCUACCUCGAUCUCGGCACUGCUCAGGAUAUGCCACAUUAUUACAAGUGCGAACAGCCUCUGACCAAUCCCGAUCAUUACAAGACCAUCUUCACUCGCUCGAUAUUAGGCACCAUACCCGUGAUCGGCGUUUCCAGCGCCAUUUCCAGGCCACGGGCACCUGUCUUUGUAUCUCUUCCUCCCUUUCCGUCGUCUUGGAAAGCUAUCAAGACCGUCAUUCCCACUGUUCUCAGCUACGGCAUGAUCGGUUAUCCGUUUAUUAUGCCAGGAGCGGUGGGCGGCGAUGUGGCGCUUCCAAUGUCGGACAACAAUCCAGAUAAUGAUUUCGAGGUAGAUCUGCCAGACAAGGAACUCUAUAUCCGCUGGCUGCAGCUGUCCACCUUUUUGCCGGUGAUUCGCUUCACCCAUCUGCCGAGCAAAUACUCAGACGAAUCUGUCCUAGAGAUCGCCAAGAGGUUGACUACCUUACGACAAAAGACGGUUACGCCGUUAUUGAAGAAGUAUGCGAAUGAGACUUUGGACACCGGUUUGCCUAUUAUCAGGCCACUCUGGAUGCUGGAUCCGGCCGAUCCGGCGUGCCACGUGGUGGUCGAUGAGUUUUCCGUAGGCGAGGAGUUGAUCGUAGCGCCGGUACUCUAUUCUGGUAGCAGACAGAGGGAAAUCUAUCUACCAGCUGGGGUCUGGAGAGAUGGUAUCGACGGCAGCCUGAGAAAAGGCUCGAGAUGGAUUCAUAAUUACAGAGUAGCCGAGGACAAAGUUGCGUAUUUCGUCAAGAUGCCGGAUAACACGAGAUUCUGAAAGAUGCAAUAUCGCUUGACAGCUUUUACGUCACGCGUUGCAUCGCAGUCUUGCUGAAGAAUCUCAAAUUUAAAACGAACAAUUAUUCGGUUAGAUGUGAGUGAUCGUUUCGUACGAUCACUUCGUGCAUGGUUUGCUCGUAUGCUAAAUGAAACAAACGUGUCGUGCGAUCAAUUCGUUAGUAUGAAUAUUGACUGCUUAUCUAUUUUUAUCGAGAUCUUGAUUCUUUAUUAAUAUGCAAGACAAACUUGUUCCCCUUGGACGAAUCCCAAAAGUGCAGAAAAAUAAUCGUGCAUUAACAAAUGCAUAUCACUGUGUUUAAAAUAGCGAGAACUUUCCAAACGCGAUAUUCAGUGUAUUAAAUAAAUGUAUCUAAAAUUUGCGAUUAAAAUAAUUAAAUAUAUUCAACGUUGUGAUCCUUGACAGAGUGCAACAGGAUUGUUAGGGAUAAAUACUUAACGGCAUGUAAACCCAUGAGAGAUUUACACGUGCAUUAGUCGCCAGAGCGUGCUAUUCAAUAUUCAACGAAUAUAUCGAAAAGAUUUUGAUUACAAUGAGAGUAUCCAAUGUUAUUAUGUGCUAUGGAUAUAAGAUUAUUGUAUCAUCAGUACCAGUAUCAUAUUACAAUGCACCAAAUAUCGAUACACACAUUGAAAGAACAAAAAUCAAUUGUAGAUUAAACUCUGUGUGUCAACUAUAUUUAUUUUACCUAACAAAAAUGUGAUUUUUUACACUUCCUACCAAUUCUACCAGUAUUCUAUUACUGUAAUUAAUUUGUAUCUUUUUUACAUAUUUUUCAAUAAUAUGAAAAAGAUAAAGACAUGAGUACAGUUAAGAAUGCAUUUGGACGCAGUUUUGCAGGGCACACGAGGCUAUUUAUUUUUUUCUUCUUUUUGUUCAUUACAAACUUACACGACAUGUAAAACAAAAUACGUGAGCAUGCAGAAGCGGGAUACGAAACCGGUGCGAUUCCCGAUUGAUCUAACUUACGAUGCUGCAGCCACGAAAAGGUGUAUCUCAUGUCACGAUCGUUUUCGUGACUCGAAUGUAAUAGUGAAUGUGAUAAUUUUCGCGUGUCUCUGCACAGCAUCCAGUUCUGAACGCAGCGGGAUCACGUCCGGGAUCCUUGAUCCUUAUGCAAAAACAUCUCGAACAGGCGGCUGAUCUACGGUCGAUCGACGAGGAGAAAAUCAAGACAUGUGAGGCACACAGGCGACAAAUUCUAAGGUAUAGUGUAUAUUUAUUAUAUUAUUAUUUUUAUCAUAUAGCGUAACAUCGUUAUUUCUAUAAUAAUAAUAAUAAUAAUCAUAGCACCAUGAACACUCCACAGUAAAUUUUUUUCUAUUUUUUUUCCUUUUAAUUCGUUAUUCGAAAAGAAUGCGACGCGCGGAUGCGCUACGACGGGUGAGAACCGCGUAAUCGUAUAAUCGUAUAAGGAACUCGAACAACACUAGAAUAUCAGGGAAUAUCCGAGCGACGUCCACGGUGCAUUCCCAGCAUUUCUCGGAACGUUUUUUAGACGUCUCUCUAAUUUCGCGCAGUCCGAAAGCGCGAAGUCUCGUAAUAGCAAAUAUGAAUGAUUUUUUUCGCUUUUCCUCUCUUGCAACAGGAAACGAAAUGUCUGACUACAGCCUCUCGUAGAGAGAAUUUCUCGGAAAAUUUUGCGGAGAAAAGGUGUGUACCUUUUGAUUCUGUCGAUUGAUGCCAUCCGUCCGACUGGGAAUAAGAAGUGAUGAAAGCGCGAGCGAAUCGAAAAAUGUCGAGAACGGAAGGUCGUCACUUUUCUCCAUUAUUUUCCGGAACGCCUGGUAAUUUUUCUCAUCUAAUUAAUAAUGCUAUUAUUGAUUGUUCUUCGGUGAAAUCAUCGUUCUCGCACCCGUCGGGCAUCGCGAUUUUGGGGGUUCGUACAGGUGUUGAGGCUCACAUUUUUCACAUCUUGCUUUCUCUCCUGUUUCUUCUUUCUCUCUCUCUCUCACUCUCACUCUCUCUUUCUGUCUUUCUUUCUCACGCUCUCUUUUAUACUCCCUUUCUUACGUACUUUGUUCAUAUAUUAUAUAGAUAUCUAUAUAUAUAAUAUAUUUUUUUUCUUCCUUCAUAUUUCCCGCUAUUCUGUUUCAAUGAAG